UUUGAACUCUUCAUGGAAAUGUCCCGCCAGCAACACUGAACAAGGCAGCCUUUACUGACUCUUCAUGGGAGCUGCAGCCAAACAUGACUCCGUUCACUGUUGUCAGGGUCGUGGUUUACGUGGGGUACAGGGACCCUGUGACAUUCUGAGAGAACGAAGCUUUAGAGAAGGUAAACAUUGCGUGAGGUUCACACUCCUGAGCAAUACUCGGUUCUUCUGUUACAUCUCUUUAGGCAACUCAUUUUCCCACUCAGACUCUUGAGGACUCUCAAACAUUCUCCUGUCCCACAAAUCCCUACCUGACUCUUCACAGCUCCGUCAUCAGGCCCAGAGCUGCCUCCACCCCCCAACCCCAGGACUCCGCCUCGCCUGCAGGCACCCCUGUCGUUUCCUCCCUUCUCGCCUUUAGGAAGGGAAAUGUCGGUCCACUGUCAAAAGGCGGGCCCUCCACUGCUUCUCUGCAUCCCAGCCCUCCCACCCUUCAGGAGCUGCAUGCUCCUCGCCAACACUUUUAGCCUCUUCACUGUUGGAUCCUUCCUCUCAUAGUCUAGAAUAUUCCAGCCCACAGCCAUUUGAAAUGCACAGCCCCGGUCCUCCUCUUUCUUACCAUCUCAUAUCCCACGCACACUCGCCCUCUCCACCUUGUCACUGACUCACUGCACUCCAACGAGACAUCCACCCACAUUUCUCAGCUGUGACCACCAUCCCAAGGUCACUGUUAGGGAUCCGUCCCCGAUUAGGGCUGACACACUUUCUGGAAUGGGCAUAAUUUGAUUCUUUUAAUCAUAGAAAGAAAUAUUAGGAUAUGUGUGCAACAAACAAUUCUGUCAAGGACUUGCACAUGCCCUGACUUGAUUCCCUGGUGAAUGCAAUGUUCAAACCAGAUUUAGGUAUUAACCUGAAUAGCUUUCCACCUAAAGGCAGACAACUUCAAGUGUCUGACCCUGAGCACUGAUCUGACAUUGCUCCCUAUUGGGAGGGGUAGACUAAGGUUGGCCCAAGCAGCCUAGAGGGGGGUCUGAUAGUUGUUAUAAUAAUACAGUUCAGUCCUGAAUCAGCUGUCAUUUCUGUAGUGCUCUCACGUGUCAGGCGUGAGCUUUACGUGGCUUAACGAUUCCAUCGGCUGAACCUCUCGGGAGUCUCCAGGGCAUCUGCUCCAGCAGGUCUCUGCAUGUUUGUUUUUGCCUGUUGGUGUGUUGUUUUUUUCUUUAGUCCCCAGAGGGCCUGGUUGUUUACAGCCUUCUUGGUCACUAAUCCCAUAAACUCUGGGAAAAUGUGCUGUGUUAACGCUUACAGGAGCAAUCCCAAGAUUUGAGACACUUGGAACAAACCAUCUGGCUACCUGAACAGAAAACUUCUGGAGGAAUUCACAGUUUUGUUCACGCUUCAUAAUUGCAAACAUACAAAUCUCACAAAGCAGGCAAUGAUUUUUGACAUCCCUUGCCCUGGAACAACAAUCACACAUUAUUUACCUCCAUAGCGGCCGUGAAGAGGAAACAGCAGACCCAACACGGAGUCACUGGUGUUCAGCUCCACCAAGACUUAACAGCGAACCCAGUGUCAGCGCCGCCCCUCCAGGAGUGGGGUUUGUAAGCCAAUCCGUCUGAGUCUCCUGGUCAGCACUAGCGAGGCAAGCUGCCUGAUACGACCCCUGCCUUUCCCUACGGGAAGCUGACCCUGCUUGAAAUGAUCCAUUCUCUUAACGUCCCUUCUACCGGCAAAACCUCCGCAGACCUUCCUUCUCUUCACUAGAUUGGGUACUGCCAACUCACGAAUCCCUCCGUGAUGCAAAUUAGGUUUUUAAAUUUACUAGGUUGAAUUUUUGGUCUUUAAAAUCACUAAAAUAUGAUAACUCAGUUAAAGCAUCAUCCUGAUAUGCCAGGGUUUGAUCCCUGGUCAGGGCCCAUAAGGAAUCACCCAAUGAAUGCAUAAAAACCUUCCCAAAAGGACACAUUAGGAUUAAUUAGAAAUGUUAAGAUUGCCCAAGAAAGGAUUACAGAGGUUUGAUCAAGUUCAGGAUGAGGAAACCUACCUGCAGAAUUUAGCUGUCCAGAGAAAUGCUUCUGCCUUUUUUGAGAAAUAUGAUCGGAGUGAAGUGCAGGAGUUGCUGACCAUUGCGCUGGUGAGCUGGCUGUCAGGCAAGGAGGACGUCCACCUCCAAAUGGACUCCCCGAGCGGGAUCAUGAGCCACCUGAACAACGUGGGCUUCAACACGACCAUCCUGCUCAUGCCCGUGGACCCCACCGCCCUCCUAGACUACAGAGAGGUCCACCAGAUCAUCAGGGAGUUGGCCAUUGGAAUUUACUGCUUAAAUCAAAUCCCUGGCAUCAGUUUAGAGGCUAAUUAUGACCAGAGCUCCUCUUGUCAAUUACCUCCGGCUUAUUUUGAUACCAGAAUUGGGCAGAUUCUGAUCAACAUCGACUACAUGCUGAAAGCGCUGUGGCACGGGAUCUACAUGCCCAAGGAAAAGCGGACCCGGUUCUCCGAACUGUGGCGAACCAUCCUGGACAUCGACCCGGAGGGCAAGGCGCAGACAAAUAAAGAUAUCUUUGCAGAGUUUAGUUCAGCGGGUUUGAUUGACAUUACAAAGGACCCAGACUUUGACGGAAUCUAUGACGAGGACAUGAAUGAAGACCCAACAUACAAUCCCAACUCCCCUGAAGAGACCGCGGUAUUCAUGAAAUACGCCGAGAAUAUUCUGCUGAAGUUGACCUUCAGCACCACGCAGAUUCAGCAGUAUGAGAACGUGUUUGUGUUCGACACAGCCUACUGGCUCACCAAUGCGAUCAAAUGCACCCAGGACUGUCUCGACAUCUGUACCUACCAGCGGCUACAGCAGAGGCUGUACCUUCAACAGAAGGUGAUUCAAAAACACUUUGAGAAGAAAAAAGAAAUCAGAAGAGGGAUCGGAUACCUGAAGUUAAUAUGUUUCCUGACCCCGUUUCUCCUGAGUUUGAAGAAGAAGAUGAAAGUCCCCUAUCUGAGCAGCCUGCUGCCGCCCUUCUCCGAUGACAAGGUCAAGACCGAGCGAGAACUGCCUCCGUUUAUUUACGGACCAGAUUUUAAGUGCCAGAGCUUUCAGUACACAAAGCAUCAGUAUUUCCAUGUUCAUGGAGGGAUUGAAUUCGAUAUCACCACGCCUAUGAUCGAGACUGCGUUGGAAGUUUUUCAGGACAAUUUGGAAAAAAUACAGGAAUGUGCCGCUAGCACAUUUGCAGAAGAUUCCGGAUACAAAGAGUAUUACUCCAUCCCGGUCAUGGAAUUGAACGGAAAGAGCUAUUAUGUGAUCAGUUUCGAACUGGAAACGUUCUAUCAGCAGCUGUAUAAGACGCAGUGGUGGGGAGCCAUCAACGAAAUCGUGAACAACCUGAGACCCAAGAGACUCCCGCUCACAGACACUCAAUUACACGAGCAAUUUAAGAAGAAAUUUGGUUUCAAGAAAGCUAUGAAGUGCAAGAGCAUCCCCUUCGGCAUGAAGUCUGCGGUGGAGAAAGGGCUGUCCGCCGUCUUCCACACGUUCAGCCGCAAGACCUCCAGCUCCACGAUCAACGUGUCGGACGAGGCGGGCUACGCCAUCUUCCACCACGCCGCCCUGCACAACCGCGUGCCCAUCAUCUGCCAGCUGUGCAAAGCCAACUUCAACGUCAACCAGCGGCGCUUCAUCAUGUUCAGCCAAGAGUCAUCAAAAACAGACGGAAAAAAAGAAAGAAAUGGUCCGACGCCUCUGCACCUGGCCGCGCAGGCCUGCUCCCUGGAGUCCACCACCUGCCUCCUCUGCUUCAAGGCCGACUACACGCUGCCCGAGAAGCGGGGCUGGAUGCCCAUCCACUUCGCCGCCUUCUACGACAACAUCUGCGUCAUCAUGAUCCUCUGCAGGAAGGACCCCAGCCUGCUGGAAGCCGAGGCGACGGCUGAGAAUCAGUGCACGCCGCUGCUCCUCGCGGCCACGUCAGGAGCGCUGGACACCAUCAAAUACCUGUUCUCUCUGGGGGCCAACUGGAGGAAGACAGACACCAAAGGCAACAACAUCAUCCACCUGUCCGUGCUGACCUUCCACACCGAGGUGCUCAAGCACAUCAUAGAGCUCCAGCUCCCCGAGCUCCCCGUUUGGAAAACUCUGGUAGAAAUGCUGCAGGGUGACAGCUAUAAGCGGAAGAUGAUGGCGGUCAUGUCUUUGGAGGUGAUUUGCCUGGCCAAGGAGGAGUACUGGCGGUGCAUUCUGGACGCAGGCACCAUUCCCGCCUUAAUCAACCUGUUAAAAGGCUCCAAGAUAAAGCUACUGUGCAAGACGGCGGGGCUGCUGAGCAACAUCUCCACGCACGCGAACGUGGUGCACGCCAUCGUGGAGGCGGGGGGCAUCCCGGUCCUCAUCAACCUGCUGGUGUCGGAGGAGCCCGAGCUGCACUCGCGCUGCGCCGUCAUCCUGUACGACAUCGCGCAGCUGGAGAACAAGGAGGUCAUCGCCAAACACAACGGGAUCCCAACGCUGAUAAACCUCCUGAAGCUGGACAUCGAGAACGUGCUGGUGAACGCCAUGAACUGCAUCCGGGUCCUGUGCAUGGGCAACGUGAGCAACCAGCGAGCCGUGCGGGACCACAAGGGCAUCCAGUAUCUCAUCACUUUCCUGAGCGCCAGCUCGGACUUGCUGAAGGCCGUGGCCUCGGCCACCAUAGCGGAGGUGGCCCGCGACAACAAGGAAGUGCAGAACGCGCUGGCGGCCGAGGGAGUCAUCCCGCCGCUGGUGGCCCUGUUCAUGGGGAAGCAGCUGAGCGUGCAGGUGAAGGGGGCCAUGGCCGUGGAGGCCCUGGCCAGCUACAACCCGUCCAUCCAGAGAGCGUUUCUGGAGAACUCCCUGAGUAAAUACCUCCUCAAGCUCCUCAAGGCCUUUGAAAUCAGCGUGAAGGAACAAGGGGCCGUGGCACUGUGGGCCUUGGCGGGACAAACGCUGAAGCAGCAGAAGUACAUGGCCGAGCAGAUCGGGUACAACUUCAUCAUCAACAUGCUCCUGUCGCCGUCGGCGAAGAUGCAGUACGUCGGAGGCGAAGCCGUCAUCGCCCUGAGCAAGGACAGCCGGCUGCACCAGAACCAGAUCUGCGAGGGGAACGGCAUCGCGCCGCUGGUGCGCCUGCUGAGGAUCAGCAAGCUGGCGGAGGGCACGCUCCUGAGCGUCAUCCGGGCCGUGGGCUCCAUGUGCAUCGGUGUCGCCCACACGAGCAACCCCAUCAGCCAGCAGUUCAUGGUGGAGGAGAACGCCUUCCCGGUGCUGAUCCAGCUGCUGAGGAGCCACCCGUCGCUGAGCAUCAAGGUGGAGGUGGCCUUUUCCUUGGCCUGCAUUGUCCUGAGGAAUAAAUUGCUGCAGAAGGAAUUGCAAGAAAAUGAAGGGUUCAAAUAUGCGGAUGUCCUCUUUCUUUUGCAUGCCCAGGAUAAGGACAUCCGCUUAAGAGCAGGCUAUGCGCUGACCCUUUUUGCCUUCAAUGACGUCUUUCAACAAUAUUUAAUUUUGGAAAAUGGAAUAAUGACCCUGUCCAUCUUUGAACCUUUUCUUGAAUCAACCAUUGAAACUGAGAAGGCGAUGGCAGCAUUUCAGAUUAUUAUAUUAGCUAAAGUCAUCAUAGAUGUGGACCAUAUCACUUUGUCUUCAAGAGGAGUUACUAUUCUGAUCGAUAGUCUGUAUUCCCUCCAGUCCACCACGAUUGUCUUGACAGGGAACUUAAUAGCCAGCCUGGCUCACUCCAGAGCUGGGAUUCCAGCGGCGUUUGCCACAUUAGGGACAGUCCAGCGGCUCUGCUACCAUCUGUACUCCGGAAAAGAAGAGGUGCGCACAGCCUGCUCCUGCGCCCUCGGCUACCUGACCUACAACGCCAUCGCUUUCCGCGUGCUGCUGAGCGAGUGCCGCAAUAAGCCGAAUCAGUUCCUUCGGAUAAUAAACAGCAUCAGCAGAGAUGCCAGCAUUAACCCGGCAUUUCUGAAGGAAUUUAGAAUGCAGCAAAAAGUGGGACUCCCUUCCUUAAGUCUGGAGAAAAACGGAGGGCCAUGCAUAAAUCUUCUCUCCAGAAAAGGGAGAGAGCGCCGAAGAAAGCUAAGGCCGAAAAUUCAGCCCCGAGAUUCCCUGACCUUACUGCCUCCUGUAACGAACUUCAUGGGGCUCUUCAAGACCUCCAAGAAGUCUACUGUGUCGCAUAAUAUCUUUUCCUUUGCAUCUGCAACGUCCUCAGAUGUCAUCCAAGUGUCAAGACCAAGAAUAGUAUUGCUGAGCGAACUUGGGAAACACGUUCAGAAAGAUAACGUUGAGCCUGCAGAAGGUUAAUAAACGCAUUUCAGUGUGAACGGAUUCCUGAGCAACUUUUUAAAACAUUUUAAUUUUUAUUUUGUUGUUAUAUUUUUAUUGAUUUCAGAGAGGAAGGGAGAGAGAGAAACAUCCAUGAUGAGAAUUAUCCAUCGGCUGCCUCCUGCACGCCCCACACUGGGGAUGGAGCCAGCAACCCAGGCCUGUGCCUUUGACCAGAAUCAAAGUUGGGACCCUUCAGUCCGCAGGCCGACGCUCAAUCCACUGAGCCACCCCAGCCAGGGCGAAGUGUCUUAUUUGUAAUUGUGGUAAAAUGCACGUAACAUAGUUGCAUCAUCUUUUCUAAUGGGGGUUCUUGAUGUCAACACUUAGCAGAUCGCCCUCAGCCUGUCUCCCGGGUUAAACCAGGCCU